AUGGAGUUCUUCACCACAUAUACGAUUUUUAACUCUCGGUCAGAAGUUUUAGCAUUGGCACUAUCUAUUGGUAAAGAACAUGGUAUCACUGUUGUUACUGUUCGUUCUAAUUCUUCUAAUGGAAUACGAGGGAGGAAGGAUAGAAUAAUUAUGGGUUGUGAAAGAGGAGGAACUUAUAAAAGAAAAAAUGCAUCAAAAGCCACUAAUUUCUCUGAUGGCAUUUACAGUAUGAAGGUUAAACGUCCGUUUAGGCUGAGAUCUAUUCCAAGUGGUUCCGGUUGGAAGGUGAUGGUUAGAUGCGAGAUGCACAAUCAUAGAGUAGAAAAUGAUCUGGAAGGCCACAAUAUAUUGGGUCGUCUAAAAGAUCAUGAAAGAAAGUUUGUGAAUGACACGAUGAAGUACAAUAGGGCUCCUAGGUACAUAAUUUAUUCUUUGAAAGACAAAGAUCCAGAAAACCUCACGAGUAUUACCCAAGUGUAUAAAGCUAGAUCAACAUACAAAGUAGGCAAGAGAGGUAUAUUGGAAGAAAUGCAAAUGUUAUUGAGCCUUAUUCACAAAGAUAAAUACAUGAGUUGGAUUAGAAAAAGGGACAACUCGAAUAUUGUAGCUGAUAUCUUCUGGACACAUCCUGAUUCUGUGAAGUUGUUACAUAUGUUUUUUUUUUUAAUAUUUGAUUGUACGUACAAGACAAAUAGGUACCAGAUACCACUCCUUGAGAUUAUUGGUAUUACGUCAACAAAAUUAACGUUUUCAGUUGCCUAUGCCUAUUUGGAAUAUGAAAGGGAGGAGAAUUUCACAUGGGCACUUGAGAAGCUUAAAGAAUUGUUCACUUCAGAGAAAUUUCUACCGAAGGUUGUGGUGACGGACCGAGAACUUGCAUUGAUGAAUGCCAUGGAAUGCAACUAA